GCCGAGCAGCUGUGGUAUUUGGAGCAAGUAUAAAUAGCCUCCUGGACGGAGCUCGGACAAACAGGGGUUUGCAGCUGCAGCGGCUCUGUGGGCAGGCCUGUCCACUGCAGGCCGUGGCUACAGAGGGUGCCGAGCUGGGCAGUGGGUAGGCACGGCCCCUGGGGGCUCCGACUCCACACCCCACACUGCCGCCGCGGCUCUGAUGCUUUCCUGGCCGGCUAUGCUGCUGGGCAGCCUCCUCCUCGUGGUGGCCACCAUGACUGCAGGCCAACGGAGGGGGCAGGAGGCGAGCGGGCGCCGCCGGGCACACCGCGUCCAGUACGGCCAGUGCAGCUACACCUUCGUGCUGCCUGAGCCAGAGCCCUGCCCACCAGAGCCCAUGGCCUUCGGGGGCUCCAACAGUCUGCAGAGGGACUCCCCAGCGGCCGCGCUGCAUCUGGGGGACUGGCCGGCCCAGCGGGUGCGACAGCUGGAGAAGGUGCUGGAGAACAACACACAGUGGCUGCAGAAGCUAGAGAGGUACAUCCAGAUGAACUUGAGGUCGGAGCUGGCGCAGGCCCAGCAGUACAUGGUCCAGAACCAGACGGCCACCAUGCUCGAGCUGGGCACCAGCCUCCUGAACCAGACCACCGCCCAGACCCUCAAGCUGACCGACGUGGAGGCUCAGGUCCUGAACCAGACGUCCAGAAUGGAGAUCCAGCUGCUGCAGACCUCGCUGUCCACCAACAAGCUGGAGAAGCAGCUACUGCUGCAGGGCCAUGAGCUCCACCAGCUGCAGGGCCUCAACAGCGCGCUGGAGACGCGGGUGCAGGCGCUGGAGACGCAGCAGCAGGCCGAGCUGGCCAACCUCCGCGGCGAGAAGGAGCAGCUGCGGCGCCUGCUGGGCCGCCAGAGCGGCGCCCUCGCGGGCCUCGAGCGCAGCCUGCGCGCCGCCAGCAGCAACUCCAGCCUCCUGCAGCGUCAGCAGCGCGAGCUGCUCGAGUCGGUGCAGCGCCUGGUGCACGUCGUGGCCCAGGGUCCGGCCUCUGGGAAGGCGGCUGAGCAGGUGUUCCAGGACUGUGCAGAGAUCCAGCGCUUUGGGGCCAAUGUCAGCGGCAUCUACACCAUCCGCGUGGCCAAUGUGACAGAGCCCAGGAAGGUGUUCUGUGACAUGGAGACCAGUGGAGGCGGGUGGACCCUCAUCCAGCGCCGUGAAAAUGGCAGUGUGAGUUUCCAGCGGAACUGGAAGGAUUACAAACAGGGCUUCGGGGACCCAGCCGGGGAGCACUGGCUGGGCAAUGAGGUGGUGCACCAGCUCACCAGCGGGGCAGCCUACUCUCUGCGUGUGGAGCUGCAGGACUGGGAAGGCAACGAGGCCUACGCCCAGUAUGAGCGUUUCCAGCUGGGCAGUGAGGGGCAGCUGUACAGGCUUUCCCUGAGUGGGUACAGCGGCUCGGCAGGGCGCCAGAGCAGCCUGGUCCUGCAGGGCACCAACUUCAGCACCCGCGAUGCCGACAAUGACAACUGUCUCUGCAAGUGCGCCCAGAUGCUGUCCGGAGGCUGGUGGUUUGACGCCUGCGGCCUCUCAAACCUCAACGGCAUCUACUACCCGGCCCGCCACCACGUGCGCAAGCUCAACGGCAUCCGCUGGCACUACUUCCAGGGCCCCAGCUACUCGCUGCGGGCCACCCGCAUGAUGGUCCGACCCGCGGGUGUCUAACGAGCAGCCGCGCCCAGAGGCGGGACUGCAGCGGAGGAGCCCGACUUGGUAACCACGGACCGCCUGGGCCAAAACGCAGGACACAGUGCCAGGGUCUUGUCCUGGACACCGGGGCCUCCUGAGCCAGCCCUCCGUGCCCCAAAAGUCCAGAAGAGCCACCUGUUCCCCUCAAGUUGUGACAUGGUGGGUGUGGGGGGGUGUCCCUGCCUCAGCGGUACCCCUCACCCCCUUCCAUCCUGUCUCCUGCAAGGACCCCCGGCCAGCUUGAGGAUCACAAUAUCCUGAAUGAGCUGAGAA